ACUUGUGAAGUUAAACAUCUUACUUGGUGCCUCUCUCUCCAUUUAAAUGUACAAAGACGCUUUAAACAUCGCUGGACAUGGCACUGAAAGCUAGACCACACGUUUUCUUUGGGAUUUUCGCAUUUAUUCAGACUACUUUCACCAUUCAGGAAUGGCCAUCAAACGAUAUAGGAAGGCCAGAGAGAGACUCCAAUCAAGAGAGGUCUGUUGUCAGAUGGAGGAGAUGGCUGUUUUCAUCCAAACCAAAGGAUGAGGUCAUUCAGAACCUGGAACACUAUGAAGAUCAUGGCAGAUUAAAUACGGACCGCUUUCCAGACGUUCUGGCAAGAGACAGUCAUGACAACUUAUCAAUUAAGAGAGAUAUGGAUCAUAUCUACUACACAUCCAAAUUCUAUGGCCCCACAGACAGUGCAAGCAAAGAUUUGUGGGUAAAUAUUGAGCAAAUGGACGUGAGGAUGGUUCACAGGAUUCUGUCCAACACACAUCGACAAACUUCGAGAGUAAACCUGACAUUUGAUUUCCCUUUCUAUGGGCAUAUCUUAAAGGAAAUACAUGUAGCUACAGGGGGUUUCAUAUACACAGGAAAUGUUAUUCACAAAAUGCUAACAGCAACUCAGUACAUUGCACCUCUCAUGGCUAAUUUUGACCUCAGCAUCUCACAAAACUCAGCAGUGGUUUACUGUGAUAAUGGCACAUCUCUUGUGGUACAGUGGGAUCGUGUGUAUCUCCACGAAGCUACUCAUCUGGGUGGCUUUACCUUCCAGGCAAUUUUACACAAUGAUGGCAGAAUCACCUUUGCAUAUAAAGAGAUUCCCAUUGACAUUAGUAUGAUUAGCUCUGUCAAUCAUCCUGUGAAAGUUGGCCUCUCUGAUGCAUUCGUGGUUCUUCAUAAGAUUGAACAGCUUCCUGAUGUUAGACGGCGAACAAUAUAUGAAUACCAUCGGGUAGAGCUCCAGAAAUCCAAGAUCACCAACUCCACUGCUGUUGAAAUGCUUCCACUACCAACUUGCCUCAAGUUCUCCAGCUGUGAGAUGUGUGUAACAGCUCAGAUUGGCUUCAAUUGUAGCUGGUGUAGUCGCCUACAAAGGUGUUCCAGUGGAUUUGACCAAUAUCGUCAGGACUGGGUUGAUAGUGGAUGUCUACAUGAGAUAAAGAAUCAGAAAUGUGGUCAACUGUUGGAUAGAAAACCCAUCAUGAGAACCAGCGCUCCAGCACUGCACACAGGGGUAUCAACAGUAUCCACGCAGAGACUUACAACGUCCACUACAACACCAACAUCAAUCACAUCAAUUUCAAGCUCAACCUCUUCCACCAAAAUAACCAGCACAUCCUCGUCUUUCAAAAAUCUUCCUCCUGUCAUCCUCACUCAUGAUUAUCAGAUGGACAUUGCAGAGAAACAGAGAGAGGAGCAGAUGCAGACUGGUUUGCUCACUGGCAUCCUGGUCACUAUGGUCCUGAUGGUGGCUGCUGUGUUGUCAACUUUAUACAUGUACUACCAUCCCACCUCCAGCGCCAGCCUAUUCUUCAUAGAGAGAAGACGAACACAAUGGCCUGCAAUGAAAUUUCGUCGUGGUUCAGGACAUCCGUCAUAUGUGGAUGUAGAGACCAUGGAACAAGACCAAGAAGGAUUUAUUGUGAUGGACCCUAGAGGCAGUUUCCUUGUAGACAGGAGAGAAAGCCUAUUUCUUACUGACCAAAGAGAACGCUUUCUCAUUAUGGACCACUGCUAACAUGUUUCUUAAAUGGGUGGUUCAAUGGUAUUUCAAGCAUUCUGACUUAUUAACAGAGUUUUAGAGUUGUUUCCUCAUGCUAAAUGUAGGCAAAGUGUCAAAAAAGCAGUUGGAGUAUUUCUGUCCCGAAUGCACUUCGCCAGGGUUUGUACAAGUUUCGGAAAGUUUUUUUCGAUUACAGGUCCAGCUGGCGUUUCAGGGGUUUAUGUAUCACUUCUUUAAAUGGACACUUUCCCCGGAAAACCCCGCCCACCCGUCAAUCAGUGGGAGACGCUAGAACUUGCAAACAUCUUAUCACGCGACACAGCUUUGUUAAAUUUCAAAACUCAACAAUGUCACGAAUGAAGAAGUGUGUUUUUGGAUGUAGAGAAAGAAAGUCAGCCUUAUGAAAACAAUGGAUAUAGUUUAUUAUCUGGGGUAGCAGCGGAGUUUUGCGUGUGUGUUUGAUGUGCU